AUGGCGGGGAAACGCUCUAAGGCGUGUCUGUUGCUAUUGGCAAUAUAUAUGGGCUUCUGGAUACAUGUAUACCGCCAACCGUGGACUGGACCGGCUAUCAUUUUUCUGUUGAUGCCGUUUGUUCUACUAGUAGCUCUUAUGUUAUAUGCCGCGUUCUGCCUAAUACAUGCUGUUGUUACUUUCAAUCGCUCCGAUACUGCCUUAGACGACUUGAAGGAGGACAUCAAAGUAGCAGCAGGUGCGUUACAGCGGGCAGGAUUUGAUUUUGACAAGUUCGGAGUAGUCAAGCCCUAA